GUCUCUGUGAACACAUGCUAGUCGGCCUGGCUGGUCUGGUCCGGGUGUCGUGCUCAGAGUUUCGUUGGGGCUGCAACCAGUUUGCUGGCAUCGAUCGUCCUUUGCGCUCGUGCAUGCUGCGGCCAGUGUCUGUUCCGUGGUCGUAUUCGCAGUCGUAACCCCAACCGAUCCAAAACGAACCGAGAAGAACUGAACAGAUCCACACCGAAAUCGAUCUCUUAAGUUGACCCAAGUGAGAUUCUGUGAGUUGGUUCUCGCCUCCAGAGACAAUCGCGCUGCGUCCGACUCGUGUUUUUUUUUUUGCCCUACCUCUGGCUCGCUAGGCCUAAAAGUCUGAAAACGUCUUCGGUAUGUGGCAGACCUGAAAUGGAGUAUUCGCCGCAGAGCGCCACAGCUAACGAAUUUUCUCGCAGAAAACUAAGUGCCGUCUACAGUUUGUCUGGCAAAAGAUAACAAAAAAUAAUUAUUGCCGGUAGUGGUGUACUGGGGACACCCGAGUCUCGGUCUCGGUGCGGGUGCGGUCCCGGCUGGCGGUUCAACUCUCGCUCUCACUCAGACUCUCUCGCUCCGGCUGGCAUUUCUUCGUGCUCGCAUCUCGCAGCUCUCGGAGAUAAUCUCGCUUGCAUAACCAAGAGCAGCACACCUCCGAAGCAGAUGCAAAUGCAGAUAGACAUCUAGAACUACUCGCAGAGGUGGACCCGGCUGAUACUUUCGCGCUGCCAGCGAACUGUUCUCAUUGUCUGCGGUGCUUAACAAUCUAUUCAAUCAAGAGUCUACAAAUAAGGGAUUAAUAACCAAGUGAAAAAUAACCAUAAACAAUAUAUACCAAUAUAUUAAAUAAAUACUUAAAACAUACAUUAAUCGAAUAAAUAUUACAAGUCCUUGAGCUAAAGCUGAAUAAAUUCGACGUACACAUGUAUAACCGCACUAAUAAUCAAUAAUAUUCUAAUAAAUUGUGCUGAAAGGUCUCGACGCGCGAGUAAAAAUACUUUACCCUCUUGCAAUCCGAAAAAUGCUUCCCAUAAGGAGCUCUAACAACUAGUCGGGGUAGAAAACUGUCAGAAACACAGCUACGGCUACGGCUACAGCUACAGUCCCAACUGGAAUUGCCAAGAUCAAGGACAUUUGAAUAUUCUGGGAUGGUUUCGGAGGAGAACUGGAACAGCGACACCAUGUCUGACUCGGAUAUGAUCGACUCGAAGAACGACGUGUGCGGCGGGGCCUCCAGCUCCAGCGGGAGCUCAAUCUCCCCGCGCACACCGCCCAACUGUGCCCGCUGUCGAAACCACGGCCUGAAGAUUACCCUGAAGGGCCACAAGCGCUACUGCAAGUACCGCUACUGCACGUGCGAGAAGUGCCGGCUGACGGCGGACCGCCAGCGGGUGAUGGCCCUCCAGACGGCCCUGCGCCGAGCCCAAGCGCAGGACGAGCAGCGCGCCCUGCACAUGCACGAGGUGCCGCCUCCGUCGACGUCAACUACUGCCCUGCUGGGCCACCACCACCACGUCGCUGCCACCGCCCACGUUCACACUCAUCACGUCCAUCCGCACCACAGCCAUGGCCACCACUCGCACUCGCACUCGCACCAUGGCCAUGUGCUGCACCAGCACCAGCAGAUAGUGGCUUCAGGCGCGGCAGCUCCUUCGCAGCCGCCGCAGUCCCACCUGAGUGGGGGCCACAAUGGGGCAGGAGCCACAGGGCCAGCCACCGUCUCCAGCUUGCAUGGUCACGCUCAUGUGCACCAAGUACACAUGGCGGCUGCCGCGGCCGCCACAGUGGCUCAUCAGCAGCAGCACCACCAGAGCCACCAGCACCAGCAUCAUCCACACCACCAGCAUCCACAGCACCAGCCACAGCACACGGCGCUCCGAUCUCCUCCACCCAACGAGCACGCCGGAAGCAUUGGACCAGCUACCAGCAGUUCAGGAGGCGGAGCCAGCUCGAGCAGUGGCGCCGUUGCCACAUCGAGCAGCGCAUCAAGCAGUGGCGCAGGUGUUGGUGGAGGCGGAAGCGGCAGCGGCGUUGGUGGACGGGCCGGCAGUGGCGGGGUCAGUGUCAUUACUAGUGCCGAUCCGCACAUGUCCACGGUCCCCACACCAGCCCAAUCGCUGGAGGGCUCCUGUGAUUCAUCAUCUCCCUCGCCAUCGUCCACGUCCGGCGCCGCCAUUUUGCCGAUCUCAGUCUCCGUUAAUCGCAAGAAUGGCGCCAAUGUACCGUUGGGCCAAGACGUUUUCCUAGACUAUUGCCAAAAGCUAUUAGAGAAAUUCCGAUAUCCCUGGGAGCUGAUGCCGCUCAUGUAUGUGAUACUGAAGGACGCUGACGCAAAUAUCGAAGAGGCUUCCCGUCGAAUCGAAGAGGCACGUGUAGAAAUAAAUCGUAUUGUAGCCCAAAUCUAUUACAACUACUACACACCGAUGGCUUUGGUGAACGGAGCACCGAUGUACCUGACCUAUCCGAGCAUCGAACAGGGCCGCUAUGGAGCGCACUUCACCCACCUGCCCCUCACCCAGAUUCGUCCGCCGACGCCCGAGCCACUGGCCCUGAGCCGGUCUCCAUCUAGCCCAAGCGGAGCAGCCGCCCAUCCUCAUCAGAAACACUCGCGGCCCGGGAGUAGCAACGGCACCGUGCAUUCGGCCGCCUCGCCAACAAUGGUCACCAUGAUGCCAACCACCUCUACGCCCACCCACCGCCAAAGAUCCCGCUCGGGCACGCCCCCCACGCCGCCUCCGCCGCCACCAGCACACAGCAGCAGCAACGGAGCCUACCAUCAUGGCCACCAUCUGGUCAGCUCCACGGCUGCCACGUAGCAGUAUCGCAAUGUUGCCGCCGCUGUGGCGGCAGCAGCAGCGGCAGCUGUCCUCUUUGUCGAUAAUUAAUGGUAUCAGCCAGCUUGAUUGGAGGUCAGAUCCCAGGAACGAACACAAAUCCCCCAACCCGACUACUGCAUGAAUGUUAUUUGUAUGAUAUCUAACCAACGUAUGGCAUAUUUUAAGUUAAAUUAAAAAAUAAUAUAGCACGAACAGUAGGAAUAGGCUAUCCCAAGAACACGUUUUCAAAUUGAUCUCAAACCAAUCUUAAAUAAACAAAAAUAUCCCUAUAUAUUAUGUAAAGAAAGCUUUUCUCGUUGGUGAGUGGUCUGCGAAACUUGAAGAUCAUCUAUUCCUAGUAAAUCAAAACUCGUUAUUCAUAUGUAAUAUAUAUACAUAUACAUAUAUGUUUCAUUUAACAAUGAAAACUUUCUCUGCGAGUAACUGUUCGGAAAUCUAUCACUGACCUGCACAAAUUAAACAAGUUCUUCUAAACUACAGUAGACAUAGACAUGCGAGUAUAUAAACGACUUCUAGUCCAAGGCAUGAGCACGUCCAUUCGGAUCCUUCAACACGAACGUGUGCAGCAUCUGGUAGUACCGUCAUGGGGAAUCGCGAUCACAUUUGUUCUACUCGUAUAGUUCUUACAUAUGAUAUGAGAUUAUCAGCUUGAAGUAACCAGAUGAUAAUUAUAUACAUCCAAUUAUAUCCAAUUAUACAUAUGUAUUUAUGCACGAGUAUAUAUGCAUACAUAUAUCAGAUAAAUAUAUUACACUUUCUAGGGCUGUGCGCUGCCAUGUAAAGAGAGCAUGCGGUUUAAUACUUUGUGAGAACUGAUCUAGCAGAUCUGAAAAUAGUGUAGCGUUGGCUAUAUAGAAA